UUCCAUCUCUUUCUCCCUCUCCCUCUCUCCUCCCUCCCUCCCUUUCUUCUUCUUCUUCUUGUUCUUCCUCCCUCCCCCCCAUCUCUCUCUCUAUAAAAUAUAUCCAUAUCUAGAUGUACCUGUGGCUCUCUGUCUCUGGGUUUCUCCAUCACUUUGUCUAUCUCUGUCUCUCCCACUCUCUCACUCUUUCUGUCCCUCUGACCCCUUCUCUGCCUGGCUCUGUCUGUUAUCUCUGUCUCACUCUGGCUCUCUUCUUGUUCCUUCAUCUCUGUUUCUGUCUCUCUCUGUCCCUGGCCUGGCCGCUCUCUGUCUCUCUGCUUUCCCCAUCUGUCUCUGUCUAUGGGCCAUAGCUGACCAGGGCCCCUGCCCUGAACCUGUUUUCUCCUCGCAGCCUGACCACACGAUGACCAGGUGGGCUCUGCUGGUGCUGAUGGUCCUGACAUUGGGCAGGACUCUGCUUGUCCCAGCAACCCCUAUCCCAGGCUUCCAGCUUCUCCCUCAGAACUUUCCCCAGGCCACUCCCCACCCUGUGACCUCGGAGAGCCUUUCAGCCAGCACCACAGGCCCCUCCACUGCUUGGGGCCGCCCCGGCCCUGGCCCCUGCCCUGGCCCCCGCAUCACCCUCUCGCUGGAUGUCCCCCUUGGCCUCCUGCAGAUCUUACUGGAGCAGGCCCGGGCCAGGGCAGUGAGGGAGCAAGCUGCUGCCAAUACCCACAUCCUGGCCCAUGUUGGCCGCCGCUGAGCCUGAGGGAGGGGAUCAC